GGCCAUACCUUGAAUAGCGUCUACGAGAAGAGAAUCAUGAGAGAUCUCCGUGAGUUUAUAUUGUAAAAAUGGUCAGAAAAUCCAAGUAAAUACCCUGAAGGGUUUCUCAUUUGAUUUGAUUUUUAACAUGUUUUUUAAACAAGUAAUUGUGCCGAGAUUCAUACUCUAGUUGAUCCCUUAUUCACGAUUUCGCCGCUUAAUCUUAUCGCCCCCUUUUUGGUGCUACGCCGCCUGGCGCUUGGCUUGGCUCCUACGCCAAAUAUUUAGCCUUUGCGGCCAGGCUUCUUUCCCCGUACCAACAGCCACAUCUGUCUGUCAACUGGCCCAGCCUCACUCCCCACGAAUACCCCAGGACUCAAUGCGAACAGCUAGGGGAUAAGCUACGCUGUUAAUAAUCGCCACGAGUUGGCCAUCACGAACACCACCCCUCGGUGACGGUUCUCUCAGAGAGCCUCGUUGUUCGAAUGAACCCAAUAUGGCACAGUAAGAGGGUGCAGCGCAGCGCCUUCUUCAUUUUCAUUUUCGUAGCUGCGAUUGCGCUUUUCGCCUACGGCGGCGACAACUUACCCUCGGCGUCGGGGGUGUUCCGAUCUGGUUCUCUCAGUAAAGGCGAAAAAGAACAAAAAGCAAAGGAGCCAUUGGGGCCAAAUGUAGAGCCUCUAUACACCGGGUCCGAAUACGACACCGAGCAUAUGCCCAAGAUCCCCGAGACAUCACACACCGGCCAAGCAGCAGCAACACCGGCACUCGACCCCAGUCGCAUUGCGUUGAUCAUCGAGACGCGUCCCACCAACGUGCUCCCCGCGCUCCUCUCCCACUUCGUCGCAACCCUCCCCCCCGCCUGGGUCGUCAAGCUGGUUGGGUCCCAAGAAGCCUUCGCAGUGGUGCACAAGUCGCACUCGCUGAAGCAACACAUCGCAUCGAAGAAGCUCCAGCUUCAAGAACUACCUUCAUACUACCCCGUAGACUCGUCUGAGAGCAUCUCUCAGACACUCACAAAUGUCACAUUCUACUCCGAAUUCCUCGCCCCGGCGGAAUGGGCCCUCUUCUUCCAGACCGACUCCAUUAUCUGCUCCGCCUCCGAACAGAACAUAGAUGACUGGGUGGCAAAGGGCUACGACUGGACCGGCGCGCCGUGGAACGGAGAUGUCCCCGGCGGCAACGGCGGGCUCUCCCUCCGCCACAUCCCCCCCAUCAUUGAAGUCCUCAAGAAAGAGUCCCGCGAACCAGGACAUCGCCAAUGGGAGGAUACCUGGGUGUGCGAGCGCCUGAAGAACGCCGCUCCAGCCCAGGAGGAGAUCUACUUCAGCGUCGAGUCCCUUUACGUUGAGAGGCCGCUGGGAUACCACAUCCGUGGCUCGGGUAAGCUCCAGGAUCCUGUGGUCUGGGGCAAUGCGACUCGCAGGCGCCAGAUCUUCGAUUACUGCCCCGAAACGAAGAUCCUCCUCGGCAACAUGGGAAUGGAGCCUAUGGACGACGCGGAUUAUCGCAAGAAGGAACAAGAAGCCGAUGCGGAGAAAGCCAGAAAGGAUACAGAGACUGCCAAAAAGGAAACGGAGAAGCCAAAGACCGAGGAGAAGACAAAGACCGAGGAGAAGACAAAGACCGAGGAGAAGCCCAACGCCGAGGAGAAGCCCAAGGCAGACGACGCAGCAGCUGCGUCGAUGAAGGACAAGAAGAUCGAAACGGACGAUAAGAAGCCGGCGGCAGAGGGAGAGAAGAAGUCCUCUAGCACAACCGCAGCGGCUGCGAGCACGUCCUCGGGCGAGAAGAAAGAGGCGACUAGUCAGACCUCAGCGGCGAACCCUGCGAAGACGAGUGGCUCGACUGAUUACACCGACUCGUAGAUGACACUGGUUGGUGUUGUGUAUGAGUGUAUUUGGUGGGGAACCAGGGGCUGGGGGUCUGUGUUAGUAUAGUGAGAAGUAUGUGUAUAUCAGAGGGAUGUUUGGGACGAUUAUCUCUAUAGUCUUGAUAGCGAAUUAGCAUGAUUACAACGCCUAAGGCUCUGAGACUCAGCGCAGUGUAUUAAAUAGUAUUAGCGAUACGGGUUGUAUACGAGCCGUAUACGAGUCCGUAUAUACGGCAAUAUUGAGUCAGUGCGUAUUGCUGAUUCUGAUACGGAUCCAGUAUGUAUUCAGUACUCAAUACGAGCUGUAUACGGCCAGUAUUGAGGCUUAAAAUGUGAAACAAG